AUGUUGUUCCAGAACAUUUCCGCAAAGGAUGUGGUAACGGCCAGGAUGGAGCCACAGCUCAUUGUACCGUUAGCGGCAAUUAUCCUGACCACAUGCACCAUCGGGAUUUUGGGAAACAUCCUAAUUUUAGUAGCAGUUCUAAUCAGUCAGAGACUGCGAACAGUUGGAAACAUGUUCAUUAUCAACUUGACGCUGAUAGAUCUGGUGAUGUGUUGUAUUGUCAAACCCAUGGCACUAACAGGUAUAUUUGCUGGCGGUGAUUUUUACAACCACCACCAAACGUUGUGUAUAGUGACGGCCAUGAUCACAGUUACCUUGUGCGUUUCCUCCAUCAUCAACAUCGUGGCCAUUGCAAUCAACCGUUACGUGCAGAACGCCAUCGUUGGACUCGCUUACUGGAAACUCUUUCGCCUUGUUGCCAAGAGUUCCCAGCGCUUGUCCCGUCCUUCGUCCGAGUCCAGCAGCCUCCUUAAGGCCGUCUUCACCAUCUUCCUUGUCUACACGGUGUGUUGGGGACCUUUUCUCUUUAUCGGCCUAAUCGAUGGACAUGACAGAGCUCCCAGGUUGGCCUAUGUGAUCACUGUUUGCAUGGCGCUCAUCAACUCCAGCAGUGAUUGGAUUAUUUACACCCUUAACAAUCGUUACUUCAAAGAAGCUUACAGACAAAUCUUUGGAUGCAAAACUCCUGAGCCGAACAAUUGCAAAUCUUCGAAUUCUCCGAAUACGGAAAGGUUCAGUAAUAUCAAGUCUAGCAUACGAAAUCAUUGA